GUGAUGUGACUGUCACAGCCAUACGAGCUGACACCUCACUCGACAGUUCAUUUGGUCCAAUCUGGACCGUAGAAUCUGGGCACCUUUGCACGCGUAGAUAUUCUUGGCGCAGCUUUUCUCCGUGUUGCAUUCUUCAGAGAUCUCAUCUCAGGCGCCCGAAUCCAUAAACAGCACGCAGGUUCCAGCGUCACCGGCAAAGAAAUCAAAAGGAACGCAGUUGGUCGCGCGCAACCGCAUGCAUAGCACAUCCUGCAUCGAGAAUUAAAACCAUUCAGCUGCGCAUCAAGGGCGAGCGCUCACGAUGUCCACGUCGGCAAUGGUACGAGACAAAAAGGUUUCCUUCGUCGAGAAGAAAGAGAGAAAGAGAUUGGCCAGCGGCGCAGCCCCCAGUCCCCAUCCCGAUUCCUCUCCCUCUCCCUUUCCCUCGUCUGCCGCCGCCAGCACCACCACCGCCCUCCCCGCAGCCGCCGCCACCGCCGGCGCCCGGGUGUGGCGCUGCUCUUCCCCACGGUCCUGAUGGCAAGGCGGCGACAAGAGUUAGAAGGCGGACGCGGACGGCCCCGUCAGCUCUCGUCCCGAUGAAGUCAAGGACGAGCUCCACCCGGACGAGGUCGAUCCGCCCCCCUGCCACACUUCUCCAUCGCGUCACCAUAUUCGGAGGAGCCGCGACUGCUGCUCGCGCAUCUGCUCCUCCUGGAGUUGUCGCCAUCGGCAGGAGGAGUGCCGGACCGCGCGCCAACUCGAGGACCGCCGCUCCGGCGGCCCGUUGUUUCUGGCCGCCGUCCGCCUCUGGUGCCCCAUCCAUUCGCCACCAGUCACGCACCAGGUAGGAACUCAAGCUCCCUGCCUCUACAUGUUCCCAGUAUGCAGAACACUUGGUUCAUUCCAUGGCAAGAAAAUGGUGGAAUGUUGUUAUAAAAGGUCGCCUCCUGCUUGUGACCGCGCCAUGCCGCCUCACCCCGGCGCCUUCCAGCCGAGAAUGCCAUCUCCACCCGACCAGAGAGCAUUGGCAUUUCUAUGUCUAUUUUCCUGUGCUAUGCAGGGGUGCGGUUACAGUUUGGUGCUCUUCCACUUUGAAUCACCAUUGCUUCUUUUGCUCCUGAUUCCAUGGCAGGACUUCUGCUCUACCGUGCAGGCGAUGGUAAGGAAAACACAACAGCAGAAAACAAAGAUGCCAUGGCACGCAAUGAUGCAGCUUGAUGUUUUAUUGUUGUCUUUCGAGGAAAAGGGGGAUGCCACCAUCUUUCUUUCUUCUGAUCAUCUAUCUCUCACUCUCUCUCUCCCUCCCUCCCUGUGUGUGUGUGUGUGUGGAAGUGAAAGUGCAUAGCCUACAAUUGGCGCUUUCUACAGUAGGCACCCUGUUACCAGUGGAAAAUAAUAUGCAUUUAGUGUUUUUCCUUGAGUGAUAAUGAAGUUGGCUACUCUCUCUUUGGAAACAUAUUCCCUGUUUUCUGUGUUUCCUUCCAUUUGGUUUCAUCCUUUUAAAUGAAAAUUUCUUUUAAAAACAAUAGUUACUAGAGAUAACAAUCACGAGGAUAAACAAUAUGUCACCUGACAUUGAUGUUCAUUGGGGAGAGCCAUUGGUUAUUGAAAGCUACAAUCUUAGUUGAGCUAUCUUUUGGCUGAAAAAAUAUAGGUCUCGCAUCAUUGGCUCUACUAGAACAAACUUCUUAGUGUUUUGGAUUCUGAUUAUUUAUUUAUAUGGAUUGGUUUAUGUGUUGUGCUGAUGAGGACUCUUUGAUCAUCUAAUUGAUUUGUGUUGUUGAGUCAUAAAAAUUUGAAGCAGUGAAGUGACAUGACUAAGUAAUUUUAUGCGCUAUGCUUUCGAGGUCCGGCUCAUAGGACAAGCCAUAAUCUGGAAACAGAAUGUUCUGCAAAUGCAGAGUAUCAGAUAUUGGUGUUCUAUUGUUCUAUUCAUGACCCUGCACAUGAUUACAAGUAUGUUGAUAUAUCCUUGAGCAAAUAUUGCAACACCCAAGAAAAUCGGAUGGCAGGCGUCUCUGGAGAGAUGUCUAUCUAAUAGUCUACUAUACGUAUAGUUUAGUGCUAUGUUGUGUAAAAAUAGUAAAUAAAUUAUCCAGAAGCGCCACAGUGUAAAUAAACUAUCCAGAAUAUUGCCAUGGUAUGGAUUGACGACCGCAGGGCAUGCUUCUUCCAUGUGCUGGAGAGCGGGAGGACGCAGAGCAGGGCCAACCCAAGCUGGAUGUCGAGGCGGAGGAGAGGUCCGUCGAGAGCAGUGGCAUGGUGGGGUUUGGCAAGGUCAAUAAGGUGACCCGCAGGGCUUGUCAAGAUGGUGAGACAUGGCCGCUGGAGCAGAGCACAUCUUCGGAAGGAUGAACAUGCAUGGUGACGGCAUGCACCUUGUUGCCGCCUCAAUGUCCUUACAUCAGGCCAGUUCAUGCUUCCGAAUUUGUGGUUUUGAUCAGUGGCAAGCAUGUACAUAGCUGUAGCAGAAUUCAUUAGACACGGUUACCAGUUUGUGGAUAGGUUGCAAUAUCUUUUAUGGUAUCAAUAUAUUUGAUGUUCCGUUUC